UCGACAAUGUGGCAACCUCUCAUCGCGGUUCUCGAAAAGUGAUGCAAUCGUUGUUAUAUUUACUUUGAGUGAAUGGAUUAUCAGUAUUAGCUUAAGAAUAACAUAUUAAAUUUUUGUGGUUAUGCGUUGUUUUAUGGUUACUCAGGCGAAAAGAAAUCCGCCAAACCAUUUUUUUACUCACAUUAAAUAUGAGCAUCUCUUAGCGGGAAUUAGUGGCGGCGUUACCUCGACUUUAGUUCUUCAUCCAUUGGAUUUAUUGAAAAUAAGAUUUGCUGUUAAUGAUGGUCAGCUCUUAACUAGACCCAACUACCAUGGACUGGGAAAUGCUGUUUCUACAAUAAUCAAAGAAGAAGGCAUUCGAGGUUUGUACAGAGGUGUUACACCAAAUUGCUGGGGUGCUGGUGCAUCAUGGGGCUUCUAUUUCCUUUUUUACAAUGCAAUCAAAACUUGGAUGUUAGAUGGCAAUACUAAGAAGACUUUAAGUGCUGGAAGUCAUAUGUUAGCAGCUGCUGAAGCAGGUGUAAUUACACUUUUUAUUACUAAUCCAAUAUGGGUGGUCAAAACAAGAAUGUGUUUACAGUAUUCUACAACUGUAGGCUUGCCACCAUCCAAACAUUAUACUGGGAUGCUAGAUGCUCUAGUGAAAGUAUAUAGACAUGAGGGUAUUCCCGGCAUGUAUAAGGGUCUUGUCCCUGGAAUGUUUGGGGUUUCUCAUGGAGCUCUACAGUUUAUGGCUUAUGAAGAAAUGAAAAAGAAGUAUAUAAGCUAUUAUCAACUACCAGUUGAUGAUAAAUUAGGUACAAAUCAGUACUUAUCAUUUGCUGCAUUGUCUAAACUGUUUGCUGCUAGUGUUACUUAUCCAUAUCAAGUCAUAAGAGCAAGGCUGCAAGAUCAGUAUAAGGAAUAUUCAGGAGUACUUGAAGUUAUCAAAAAGACCUGGAGGUAUGAAAGUCUUAAAGGUUACUACAAAGGACUUGUGCCAAACUUGCUGAAAGUAACUCCUGCAACAGCUGUAACAUUUGUUGUUUAUGAGAAUGUUGCUAAAGUCUUGUUAAAAGGAAAAGAUUCAUUAAAGACAUAAACUGAUUUAUGUAAUAAGAUUCAUAGAAGCACAAUUACUAAUAUCUAAUUAGUUUGCAAAUAAAAAAAAAAAUUAGUUUCAGAUUUUUGUCAUGCUUUCAGAUAUCUAUUACAUAAUUAUCCAUUGUUAUGCAAAAUAAUACAGAAUAUAGUUCAUUAUUUAAUUCUUUUUACAAGUUUUAUUUAUUUUAAACCUUAAGUUUAUUUUAAAUAUUUGUUAUCUGAUUCCAAGUAUUUUUAGAUUAUUGAAAAUGUUUUGUAGAUUGUACAAUAUGUCCCAAAUAAAAUGCAGUUUAAUUUUACCAUGUAUUUAUUGCAGUACAUUAUUAGACUAGCUGUUAUGCUUGCAAUUUGGAUGCUAUUCUGUUUUCCGCAGUUCUUGUAAAAUAUUCAACAUGAUACUUCUUGCACUUAUCAUUGAGCAUUAUUUCACUUUUCAAUCUCAUAAAACUGUUUGUGAAAGCUAGUUGUUAAGUAUUUGGUGAAUACAUUGUGAUGUGAAUGUAUCAAGAAAUUUUUUCACCCAAAAUCUGAUUGUUUUAUUAAAAUGUGUGGUGGGUAGCGUUCAUACCCGAGGACAAAUAUCUAGAAUCGACCGCUUGCAGGAGACUUGAUAUCUGAUCUAAGGAGUGAGCGUCGGAACCUGGCCCAUAGGAUGAAUAUCUGGAACUGACCAUUUGCUAGAGGGAAAGGCAGGAGACCCGAUGUUCGACCGAAGAGCAGGGAUUGAGGAAAUGAAGACAGACACAUCAGCCGAAGGACCUCCGACCCAGGUCCAUAUUCUAGAGGACCCAUACAGAGUUUGGAAUAUUCCCAUCGUCUGUGGGACCUCGUCCUCGCAGGCGCAACCCCCGCAGUCCCCGCCCAACAUUUACAAAGCAUUGGGCAGAACUAAAUCGUUGCAAAAUCAAAAAUUCUGUCACCUUGCCUCUGGGCACCACUCCAUCGGCAAAAAUUCCAUUGCUUGUGGGUGCUUUGUCCACUCUGUCAGUCCCCGCCAUGAGAACUGAAUGGGGUCAAAUAGCCGAGGACUCAGUCGAUGAUCUCCGAUAUAGCUCCAUCACAGCCGAAGGAACAAACACGACAGUACCAGUAUGGUCCCUGCCAAGACAACCCAACUCAACCUGAGUACAACACUCAGGUUCUAGUUCUGUGAAGUCAAAUUAUAUACCCCGUGGUUGAGACUGCCUAAGUACAGAUCCUAACCAGUACUUCCCAGGUGUUUGCCUGAUUCAACCCCCAAGGGGGGAGGAAAUGGAGACAGGGAAACCUGCUCUCAUCUCCCUCAGUUCAGCAUCGGCCUCCUCGUGCCACCCACUGGUAACUGUCAGCUGGGGUUUCGGCCUUCGCUGGGAUAGCCUAACAAUGCUGGACAACCCAUCCCUUGGGAUCAACUGGUAGGAAUUUCCAGAACCAACCAUUUUUGGGAGGAGACCCAGGGUUCUUCCAGACCACUGGGUGGACUUUUGUUGUGAUAGCUUCAGUUCCUUGGGUAUAUAAUCAGUCUUCAUAGUGACUAGAACCAUUGUUUAUAUGGUGGUAGGUGCAGGCUUGGCAGGGAUCGUACUGGUACUGUAUUGUCUGUAACCUUGGAUGUGGGGACGCUGCAAGUAGAUAUUAAGGGCUGUUCGGGGAAGACAUUGGCCCCUGGUCAGGGCUCGGCGAUGGAUGAUGGCAACAUGUAAAGUCCCCGUGAGCUGAUCGGAGGGUGUGGUUCCCCUCCGGACAGUCUCCGAAGGCAGGAUUUUUAUAACUAUGUAAGGCAGCUCAAACGAAGCAGCCAGGUAAUGGAUAUCCACUUUUGGUGAACUGUAUUAAAAUGUGUAUGUAAUAAUAAUAAAAU